CCUACAUAAGCCGACCUGACCAAACACAGAGCUGCACCCAUCCCGUUUCCAUUUGUCCAACCGAACGCCGGCAUGGCCUCGAAGCUCCCCGACACGACCAAGAGCCUCGGUGCUGGCGCCAUGGACGUUGAGGACGGCAGCGGCGGCGGCGGCAAGAAGGUGGCUGGUAAGUGGCCAGGCUUCGUCCACUUCUUCUUCGUCCUCACCGUCGUCAUGUGCGCGCUCGUCUACGCCCCGCGUUUCCUGUCGCCCGCCGUGUCCGUCGACUUCUUGGGGCUGCGCCAGCCGGCAUUGGGUAGAGCAGCGGAAGGACAAGGACAGGGCGUGCACGGCGGCCGCGUCAAUGAGGGCGAGGCGCUGGUCCUCGACAACCAGGUGGGCUCCCCGUGCGCGUCCAUGGGAGGCCAUGGCAUCUGCUGCGACCGCUCGGACUACAACACCGACGUGUGCUUCAUGGCCGGCGACGUGCGCACGGACGCCGCGUCCCUCUCGUUGCUGCUCUACCCGCCGCCCAACGGCACCGCCAACGCCAACGCCAACGCUACCUCGGGAGGUUUGCGUGGCGAUCGGGUGCAGCCGGCUGCGUACGUCGCGUUUGUGCGCGUCGUGGGCGCGCCGGGCUUGCGGAUCGUGGGCGUGGGAGAGUGGAGCGCGGCGUCGUGCGUGCGCGCACGCAGCAGAGAGGUCCGGGAGAGCGAAGGAGAAGGCCGCAGCAAGGGCACGCGGGUGAUCGAGAACGAGGCGGCGGUGGCGCGGCUGGCGGUAUCGGUGGGGUUCGACGUGUCGAUCCUGGAGACGGCGAACGGGGCGCCGCUGUCGUCGGAGUACGCGGCGGUGAGCGCGUGCGACGUGCUGGCGGGCGUGCACGGCGCGGACCUGACGAAGCUGCUCUUCCUCCGGCCGGGCCGCGCCGCGCUGCUGCAGGUGGCGCCGCUGGGUGUGCCGGCCGUGGCGCGCGGGUGCUACGAGAAGGCGACGACGAUGAUGGGGAUGCAGUACGAGCAGUACGACGCGGCGGCGAACGAGAGCUCGCUGGUCCGGAAGUACGCGGCGGACGACGUGGUGCUGCGCGACCCGGAGGCGGCGAAGCAGGGGGGCGGGUGGGACCUCAUCGCGCGCGUGUACCUCAGCGGCCAGAACGUGAGCCUCGAUCUGGACCGGUUCGGCGACACCCUGAGGAGGCUGCACGCCCGAGCCCUGCGGCUGCCGGUGGCAGGUCCGUAG